UAGAGCUCUGAAGAAGAUGACCGAGCAUGCUGACAACUGUUGGUCAGUUUCAGCUCAUGGUGGUGUUACAGUUAUGCUCAAGAUCUUGGCUGAAGUUGGUGCGAGUGUUCAGUUGAUAAGUUCAGCUUGUGGUGUUCUGAGGAACCUCAGUAAGGUCCAUGAGAUCAAGAGAUUCAUGAUGGAGCAUGGACUUGUUUCUCUUCUCAUUAACUUCUUGAGAUCAAAAGAAGAAGGCUCUCAGAUAGAAGCCAUUGAGUUUCUGCAUCAUUUGGCCGUUCAGGAUGGUGCCAUGAAGGAUAAUGUGAUUAAGGGAGGUGUAGUUGAGUCACUACUCAAGAUUCUCAAUCCCAAUUCUCUUCAAUCUUCCAAAGCUAGAGAGGUUGCACUUAGAGCAAUCCAAGGAUUAUGCUUCUCGUCAGUGAAUUCCAUCACUGGCUUAAUUCAUUGUGGAUUCCUUGAUCGAGUUCUCUUCUUUCUAAAGGAUGGUGAGAUUUCUGUACAAGAAUCAGCACCGAAGGCCACCUUUCAUCUAUGUGGGACUUCCCAAGUUGUUGUUAAGAAGGCCAUGGGUGAUGCUGGCUUCAUGGAAGAACUUGUGAAGUGGCUUGAGACCAAAUCACCUGAAGCCCAAGAAAUGGCUGCAGAGAUACUCUGUAGCUUGCUUUCCAUACAAAGGAAUCAGAGAAAAUUCAUUAGAGAAGAUCACAACAUCAGAAAGCUAUAAUGGGCAGAGAAAGAUUAUCUCGGCCGGGUAUGUGGAGCAUUUAGAGAAGUUUGCAGAGAACGGUGUGGUUGAUGCCAAGAAGAUUCUUAAGAAGCUGUCAGGUAACAGGUUUCAGAGUAUUUUCAGUGGAUUUUGGAAGUACACAUCAUUAUAGUCUCUGUUACAGUCACAUGCACGAGAGUUCAGAAGAACAUUGUAAGCAAUAGAGCAGGGAGAUAUUCCAACAUUCUUCAUGUUGGUGGUACUUAAAUCUUUAACAGAUUUGUAAUGAAAUGGAGAAAAUUCUUGGAA